AUGUUAUUAUACUAUUCAAGAAAAUAUGCUAUCUAUAAUGAAUCAUUUUACGAAAGUGGUACAAAAAAUGGUUACUGCUUCAUUUGGGGAGAAGAAAAUGGUCAACGUGGAGCUAAUGACAUUUGUUCGGUAAUACUCAAAUAUUUAACAAUUGUAGACGAGAGAGCAGAAAUUAAAAAAGUGUCAUUAUAUUGUGACUUCUGUCCUGGGCAAAAUAAAAAUCAUCAAACAUUAUCGGCAAUAUCUUGGUUCAUUUUAAAUAAGUCGAAGAAUAUCCAGGAAAUAACUGUUACAUUUUUGCAACCUGGUCAUACUUACAUGACUGUUGAUUCAGUGCAUGCUACCAUAGAAUCAAAUUUAAAAAAUAAAUUUGCUUGGGCACCUUCAGAAUGGCCGACAAUUAUGGUAAAUGCAAGAUUGAAUCCAAAACCGUACGAUGUAUAUAAGGAGAGUCAUAAUGACUUUAUGGACUUCAAAGUAUUACAGCAUGCGAUCUUUCCUAAAAUAGUUUUAAAAAACGGAAAAAAAUUCAGCGAAAUAAAAAAAGUAUAUUUUUCAAAAUCGAUAGAUGUGAAAAUAUCAUUUGGUUAA